AUGGACCCGGCCCCCGACGCCGAGGAGGCGCGCACAGUGCGCGAGGCGCUGGGCCGCUACGAGGCGGCGCUGGAGGGCGCGGUGCGGGCGCUGCACGAGGACAUGCAGGGGUUGCAGCGCGGUGUGGAGCAGCGCGUGGCCGAGGCGCUGCGCCUGGCGGGGCCUCUGGCGCGCACCGUGGCCGAUCUGCAGCGCGACAACCAGCGGCUCCAAACGCAGCUCGAACGCUUGACGCGCCAGGUGGAGUCGCUGGGCUUGACUACCGGGCUGGCGCCCGCUCCCGGCACACCCAGCCCUCCGCCCGCGCCCGGCGUCCGGGACCGCGCGCCCCGUCUGGGCACCGCACGGUUCGCCAGCCACGCCACCUUCUCGCUGUCCGGCCGCAGCCAGAGCGUGGAUCACCAUGACGAGGCCAGUGAGUUGGAGAUGAGAAGGACCUCAAACUCAUGCAUCAUUGAGAACGGGCACCAGCCUGGGGCAGAUCCAGGUGACAGACCCCCCGAGACCACUCAAACCAUCCCAGCACCAGAGCCCCCCAAGCCUCGCCCUGUGAGCCUCUCCUUGCGACUGCCUCACCAGCCAGUCACGGCCGUCACGCGAGUCUCUGAGAGGUUCUCUGGGGAGACCUCAGCCACAGCUCUGUCGCCGACGUCUGCUGCCAUCCUGGGGGGCCUCAGCUCGAGCCCCAGCGAGGCUACCACCGCCUGGACUCCCAGUCCCAGUGAGAAGAAUUCUUCCCUCCCACGGUCUCUGUCCAGCUCUGGCUUCGGGGCAAUGACGGCCAGCAGGACCAAUGACAGCCCUCCGCUGGUGACGCCACCCCAGUCACCACCAUCCCCGCAACCGCCAGCCACGACUCAGGCCCGUCGCCGGGAGCUGGUGAGGUCACAGACGCUGCCCCGCACCUCGGGAGCGCAGGCCCGGAAGGCGUUGUUUGAGAAAUGGGAGCAGGAUACAGCCAGCAAGGGAAAGGGCGAGACCCGGGCGAAGCUGAAGCGCUCACAGAGCUUCGGCGUGGCCAGCGCCAGCAGCAUCAAGCAGAUCCUGCUCGAGUGGUGCCGCAGCAAAACACUCGGCUACCAGCACGUGGACCUGCAGAACUUCUCCUCUAGCUGGAGUGACGGGAUGGCCUUCUGCGCCCUAGUGCAUUCCUUCUUCCCUGACGCUUUCGACUACAACGCGCUGAGCCCCACACAGCGGCGGCAGAACUUCGAGCUGGCCUUCACCAUGGCCGAGAACCUGGCCAACUGUGAGCGCCUCAUUGAGGUGGAGGACAUGAUGGUGAUGGGCCGCAAGCCGGACCCCAUGUGCGUCUUCACCUACGUCCAGUCUCUGUACAACCACCUGCGUCGCUUUGAGUGAAGGCCCUUGGAGCUGGAGAGCCAGCCCCCAGAGGAGACAGUGAGGCCACCGGUGUCCCCAAGUCAGGAGGCCCCCUUGAGCAGAGCUGCACUCUGGUGUGAGAGCACUGUCUGCCGAGUGACGGCGCUUCCCACCUGCCUGGCUGCAUUACUGAUGGAAAGUACCACUGAACUGCACUCCGACUCGUUACAGCCAAGGGCUCCAAGGAAAAGGAAGUAUUACUGGAGAGAGAGAGAGAAAUUGGUGCUAAGUAAUUCUCUUCCUUAAAAAAAAAAAAAAAUGCUUGUCUCUAGAUUCCGGAAGCCUGAAUCACAAUGUUCCUUCUGCUGAACUGGAUCCAUUGGCUUUACAGAGUUGCAUUGAUUACAAAGUGUUGUUUGUUUUUUUUUUUUUUUAUCAGAAUAGCCAGAGUUUUCUACUUCCCCCCACUAUUGUAGGUUCCUUUCCUCCCUCGCUCUGGGCCCCUGCCAGGAAACAGAGAGACGUAUAAUCAGCAGCUUGACAAGGGAGACUGAAGUCUUGGGAAGAAACGGUUAAUCACUCCCGGGUCCUGGGCAGCAGAUGACCUGCUCGUCACCUCGGCUCUCUGGGGAGAGGGGAAGGCUCUCGCCUGGUCCUGUCCUUCCCAGGAGGGCCCCACAAGUGUUUGGCUAAGAAUAGGCUCUUGGGAAGUUAACACUUUUAGGGAAGGACAGGCCCUUGGUGCUGUGAGGUGGUUUUUAUUCACAGCUUCUUUUUUUUUUUAGGGGAUUUGCUGCAGAUAUUUAUAAAAAGUAACUCCAUCUGUACCAUUGACUGUUUGUACAUAAA